UCAACAAAUUAUUAUUAUUAUGAUGAUGAUGAAAAUGAAAUUGUUUCAAAUAACAUUUGUUUUAUUUAUCUUUAGUCAAUCAAUAUUGGCCGAUGAUCAAGCACCAAUUGUUGAUACAAAAAAUGGCAAAAUUCGUGGCUAUACAAAAACAUUACAAUAUAAUGAUACCAAAUUAUUCGUUUAUGAAGGCAUUCGAUACGGAAAACCACCUGUUGGUGAACGAAGAUUUCUUCCACCCGAACCGAUUGAUAAUUGGGAUGGUAUUUAUAAUGCACAUGGUUAUCGAAAUGCAUGUAUGCAUUCAACUUUAAUUGUACCCGAUAAUGAAAUUCCUGAAACCAAACAUCAAUCAGAAGAUUGUCUAUUUUUAAGUGUAUAUCGUCCGGCUAAAAAAACCGAAGAAAAAUUACCGGUUAUGUAUUGGAUUCAUGGUGGUGGAUUUGAAACUGGUACAAUAUUUUCUAUCGCAUAUGAUCCAUCAUAUUUAUCUGCUGUUGGUAAUGUCAUUGUUGUUGCUGUGAAUUAUCGUUUGGCUGCAUUUGGUUUCUUGUAUGCUGAUGAUGAAGAUGCACCAGGUAAUGCUGGACUUUAUGAUCAACUUCUUGGCCUAAAAUGGACACGUGAUAAUAUUGAACAAUUUGGCGGUGAUCCUGAUCAAAUUACAAUUUUUGGUGAAUCAGCUGGCAGUUUAAGUGUAUCAUCACAUUUAUUAUCACCAUUAACCAAAGGACUAUUUAAACGUGCUAUAAUGCAAUCCGUAUUUGGCUAUCAUUUAGUACAUAAACCAACAUUGUCAGGAUUACUUGAAUGUGUUGGAUAUAUGGGUGUUUGUCAUGCUGAUGAUUUGGUAUUUUUAUUUGGUUUUCCUAUCGAAUUACAUGGUACUGUUUAUUCGGAAGAAGAUUAUUAUCUUUCUUUGGAUAUGAUUAAUGCAUGGUCACAUUUUGCACGUCAUGGUCAACCAGGUAAAUUUGCUGGAAUAGAAUGGGAGCCAACAUCAUCAAAUUCUAGUGCUAGAGUUUUGCAAAUAGAUGUACGAGGUAAACAACAUAUGGUUGAUAAUUAUUUCGUUCCUGUUUGUGAAAAUUUCUGGCGUCAAAGAAUUUUUGUCUAAAAUAAUUUAUUGAUAUCAUUGAUUUUUAAAAAAAUUACAAAUUCUUUAAUUAAAAUAAAUUUAUUAUUCGAAGAAA